UGAUAUCAAGAUUGUCUGUAGUAACUGACUAUGUAGAGAAGAUCUAUUUGUUUAUGUCUCAUUGAUUUGCUUAAAGAAACAAGAAAGAAGAGUACGUGGUAGGAUAAGAUACAAGUGUAAACUAUAACAAGAAACAGUUGCUUGCUUUGGUUUGCGAAACAUUGAGAUAUGGUAGUUAUCUAUCAGAUAUAGCAGACCAAGUAGACCUACUGAAGACAGAGCAUCUCCUGAAAUAUGACAACAGUUUAGCAGAGGCAUUACUGUUUGAUUUCCUUAUUGGAAAAAAAGGCCUGGUUAGAGCAGGAAGACUUAAGCAAACAAUGACCAGACACAAGACAGAUAUACAGAAAGCAUACCAGAAGAUAUGUGAAGAAGCUGGUGUUACUAGUUUGUCUGAAGUCAUGGAUGAUCAGGACAUAUCAUUGCCAAGGUAUGUAAGAGUAAACCUUAUCAAGACUACAGUGGAGGCAGUUAUAUCAACAUUAGAAUCAGAAUGGGAAUAUGUGGUCUCACCCGCUACCAACAUGAAAAGGUUUAGAAAAACUAUAAAAGAGUUUGAGAAGCACCAUUUUACAAGAGAUCUCCAUUUACCUGAUGUUUUGGUUUUUCCACCUGGGACUGAUUUUCAUGACCAUGAACUAAUGUUAAAAGGGGAGAUAAUUCUGCAAGAUAAGGCAAGUUGUUUUCCUGCCCACAUCUUAAAUCCAACUGAAGGAAGUGUUGUCAUUGACUGUUGUGCUGCCCCUGGCAACAAGACCAGUCAUGUGGCUAGUUUAAUGAAAAAUCAAGGAAAGAUAUUUGCAUUUGACAAAGAUGGAAGAAGAAUGGCAACACUCCAGAAGCUUACAUCUGUAGCUGGUGUAACCUGUGUCAUCACCAGGUGUCAGGACUUUCUAAGAGUCAAUCCUGAUGAUGAGAAGUACAAAGAUGUUGAAUAUAUUCUAGUUGAUCCUUCUUGUAGUGGUUCAGGAAUAGUGAGCAGAAUGAAUAAGUUCACAGAUGAUGAUGACUCCUCUGCUGCUGAUCGUUUAGAGAGCCUUUCAAAUUUUCAGGCACUAAUUUUGGAACAAGCCAUGAAGUUCCCAAAUGUUCAAACAAUCGUUUAUUCAACUUGUUCAAUACAUUCCCAAGAAAAUGAAGAAGUUGUUGAAAAUGUAUACGAAAAAUACCAAGAAAUGUUUGAUUUGUGUAACAUCAUGCCUGAUUGGCCGAUAAGAGGGAUAGAAGGCUAUGAGCAUUCAGAUCAUUUUCUAAGAAUGACACCAGAAACGUCUUUAACAAAUGGAUUCUUUAUUGCUUGCUUUAAAAGAAAAGAUAAUGUUAAAUCCAACAGAAAAAAUGAUGUGGAUUUAAACGCUGAGGAGGAGUCUGACAUGGCAUCUAAGGCUAAAAAGUCAAAGAAACACAAAAAGUCCAAAUUAAAAGAAGAGGAAUCCAAUGUGCAAGAUGAUGAUGAUGGAAUAGUCAGUUUGAAGAAGAAAAAGAAAAAGAAGAAACAUAAGAAAAAAGAAGAAGAAUGUGAUUCUGAUAAAAGUUUCAAUGAGGCAGUUGUUUGUGAAGAAAAUGAGGAACUAUCGUCUACUAAAAAACAUAAAAAAUCUAAACACAAGAAAAAUAAACAUACAGAUGUAGAUGAAAUUGAUUACAAUGAUUCACACAUUGGUGCAAAAGUAGAAAAUGACACUGAUCUUUGUGUAGAUGUGGAAGGUGUGAAGAAAGUAAAAAAACAUAAAAGAAAACAUGAAGAGGACAAUGAGAACAAGACAACAGUUAAUGAUUGUCAUCUUCCAUCUAAAAAGCACAAACACAAACAUGAAAAUAAAAAUGAUUCAUAAGAAUAA